AUUCAAUUUUGCAAAAACUCGAAAACGUUUAAAUUUGAAAGAAUAGAAUGACGUCAAAAGUUAAAGACGAUUAUGAGGAGUUGAAUUAUUGUAGUUUGGAUUUUCAGUGCAAUGUUUAUUCACUGGCUGUUAUUAAUUUGAAGUCCGGCGAUAAGAAGUUGUUGGCGGCCCCACUGCGCGGAAAUGGGCUUUGCAUCGAUAUGCAGCACAAUGUACCGAUUAUUAAACCGAUACCCUUCAAUCCAAUACCCGCUGAUUGUGACCUGGUGUCAAUAGAUGCAAUGAAUCAGGUAGCAAGGAGUGGCAAGAUAUUCAUUGGCAUAACUUUCACUAAGUCUUCAGAAAGUUAUUUGAACAUAUACAGCCAGGAAAGUGAUGCAGAUGAUGCUGACUUCAACGUGGACAAUUUAAUUUGCUGUUGCCAACUGAAGCUUGAGUAUGUACCACUACAGUUAUAUCACACAGAAGUGUUCAAAGGUGAAGAUAACAUAAAAUCUGUCUUUGUACUCUCUGGUUUGGAUGGAAAAAUUCAUGUUUACGAAGAGUCCCCAAGAAAUAACUUUACAGCAGUAGAUGUGGAGGAAUAUUUCCCUGAAUUUGCCACAUUCACUGGAUUCGCUACGUGCAUGCAGUGUGUGAACCUGGGAAGAAAAACGAGAUUGACCUUUGUGGGUCUCAGGGAUGGAAGGUCAUUUGCUUUUGUGGUCGAUCUGGAAGAAAAUAAAAUCCUGAAGACCUACCUAACUGAUCACGAUGACGUCAUCACAAGUCUCACCAUCUUCAACUUGAAUUAUCACUCAGCAGACCCCAACACCGAUCAGGAUAUCGCCAACUACAAUGUGCUGAUAACGACGGCCUUUGAACAGUCUGUUGUAUACAGGAGGGUGUUCAAGUCGGGCUUCUCCCUGAUUAAUGUUUUAGCGCAGAGCAAUUUAUACGACUGCUGUUUGUGUGGGGUGGCUGUCGACCUUGACCUUGAUGGAGUAGCCGAGUUGGUGUUGGGCACUUACGGAAAGAGAUUGCUCUACUACAAAUUGCUUCCACUGGAUCCAACGACAACUACUACGACAAUCGCUACUACAGCAGCAGCAUCAGCGGCGCCAACAAACUGUCCAACGGACCCACCAGCAACUAAGCCAUCUGCUACUAAAAUAAAAAAUUCCAAUCGAAACAGCAACCGAGACGAUCCAGCUGCUCACCUAACUAUCUCACCAUUAACAUCUACGUCAUCGACGACGACGCUGAAAUCGCUGGCGUCAUCUUCAUCGGCGUCAACAAUUCUACCCGCUGGUUCGUUUUCAUCAAUUAUCUCUCACUCUUUAACUAGUGGCAGGCAGUCUACUACUACUCUUACUGCUUCUGCUUCAACUACUACUACUGCAGCCGCUGCUGCUGCUACUACUACUACUACUACUACUACAACAACAAAGAAUGAUGUUUUGAAAGCUGGUAUUGUUGCUAACACAUCCAACAAUAGUAGCAGUAAUCUCGGCGGAGAUUUUAUUAAUGUUCCUGGUGAUGGUGAUGAUGCUGACGACAAUCCUGAUAACGAUGACGACGACGAUAGCCAAUCAAUUACUAGUCGUAAUAGCGUCAGCCAAUCAGAGCAGCUUGGAUUCAAAUUGGUUGAAAUGAAAGAUUUGAAUGAACCAAUCAUGGCUCUUCAACCUGUUGACCUUACUUCUGAUUCGUUGAAGGAGUUAGUUGUUAUGACCUUGAAAGGGGUGCAUAUUUUGCAGAAAAAUCUCCACAACGUUAUGCUCAUUCUAAAAGAAAGACUGAAUGCCUCGCCAGAAUAAUAAAAAAUAAAUUAUAAAUAAAUAAAUAGUAAUAAUUAAUAAUGAUCGAGUGAACUGAAGUCGUAUUAUAUAUAGGUAAUAUUCUCCAUCCAAUCUAUCGUCCAUAUUUUCUCAGUUUAUUCUAGCGAAAACACAUCUAUAUAGUUUUUUUUUCGAGUUGUUUCGAGCACUAUGUUAAUUUUUUUGUAAACCACGUACAUACACACACACACGAUAAGAAUUUUGCAUAAUGAACUUUCUAAACACUGAUAUAAUGGUUUAAUGGUUAAUGUAAAAAUAUAUGCGUUAAAAUUAUUAAA